UAGUACCCAGAGCUAUAAACAACAGAGUUAUGAUAAUGGGAAGGAAUGCACAGGGGUUUUUGUUGUCUUUCUUUUUUUCCCAGAAAUAACUUAUUUCUCUCUCUUGGGUUGUUAAGCGCCUAAGUAGUUCUUGUACAAAUCUUAAUUAUCACUAAAAGAAGGUAUUAUUUUUCAACCCAUAACUGCUACUUGUAGGCCCAUGGCAAUUUUUUAAGCUAUUUUUAAUUUAUUUUUUUUUUACAUGCAAGAAACUUGCAGUGAUACAUUUCAGAGAGUCCUCUUUAUGGGUUUGAACUAAGGACCCCUGAAUAUAAAACGAUACACAACUACUGAGCAGACAGUAAGAAAUGGGUGACUGGAGUUUCUUGGGGAACAUUUUAGAGCAGGUGAACGAGCAAUCCACUGUCAUCGGGAGAGUUUGGCUCACAGUGCUCUUCAUUUUCCGCAUCCUGAUCCUGGGAACAGCUGCCGAGCUAGUGUGGGGAGAUGAACAAUCAGACUUUGUGUGCAACACUCAGCAACCUGGUUGUGAGAAUGUCUGCUAUGAUGAGGCCUUCCCCAUCUCCCACAUCCGGCUCUGGGUCCUGCAGAUCAUUUUUGUAUCCACACCUUCACUCAUGUACUUUGGGCAUGCCGUGCACCAUGUCCGCAUGGAGGAGAAGAGGAGAGAGAGGGAGGAAGCUGAGAGGCGUCAGCAAGUUGAGGUGGAUGAAGAGAAGCUGCCCCUGGCUCCAAAUCAAAACAAAGGCAACAACCCUGAUGGGACCAAGAAGUUUCGCCUGGAGGGCACCCUCCUGAGAACCUAUAUCUUCCACAUCAUUUUCAAAACCCUCUUUGAGGUGGGAUUCAUAGUAGGUCAGUACUUCCUUUAUGGCUUCCGAAUUCUCCCCCUUUACCGCUGUGGGCGGUGGCCCUGUCCCAAUCUUGUGGACUGUUUUGUCUCCAGGCCCACGGAGAAGACCAUCUUUAUUAUGUUCAUGCUGGUGGUGGCUUCCGUGUCCCUCUUCCUCAACCUGGUGGAGAUCAGUCACUUGAUCCUCAAAAGGAUCCGGAGGGCUCUGAGAAGACCAGUGGAGGAACAGCUGGGGGAGGUCCCAGAGAAGCCCCUCCAUGCCAUCACAGUCCCCUCCAUCCCAAAGACCAAAGGCUACAAGUUGCUGGAAGAAGAGAAGCCAGUGCCCCACUAUUUCCCUCUCGCAGAAGUAGGGGUUGAGCCCAGUCCCCUUCCAUCAGCCUUCAAUGAGUUUGAGGAGAAGAUUGGGGUGGGACCAUUGGAAGAUCUCUCUAGGGCAUUUGAUGAGAGGUUACCAUCAUAUGCACAAGCGAAGGAACUGGAAGAGGAGAAGACGGGAGCCAUCCAGUGGUUUACGUCUCUAUUAAAUGCCAAAGUCUCGAGUAAAACAAGGCCUUCCAAAACAUGAUUUAGACCUUUUGUGCCAACAGGUCUGUAGAGAACUCCCAGAGCCUCAGCAAAAUCUUUUUUUGUUACAAAAGGCAGAAAAGCAUGUGCUUGCAAAUGUUUAAAUCCCCGUGGAUUUCUAAUUUUAGGACUACAGCAGCAUCUUUCGGCUGAGACAGUGCAGCAAUGCAUUCAAAAAACUUCAGGAUAACAGCUGUGUCCCCCCAAAACUGAGCCUCAUGCCAGAAAAGUGCAGGUAUGCACUCUCAUCUGCUCUGCUCUGCAAACCUCAGACCCUGCCAGCUCAGCAAAUUCUUUCUGCUGGGCUGCAGCCCAUCCCAUUGUUCCCAGGGCAGGCUCUAAUCCAGGUCAGGAAAAAAAAGGUCUUUGGCAUAAUGCAUAAAACUCAUCCCGCCAUUAGCUAGAAAAGACCCUCUGUGGUCUCCCAUUGUAGUAGGGCUGACUCCAAGCCCAUUGAAGUCAAAUGGGUGUCUGAGAGCGCUCUGGGUAGGCUUGGGCUCAUACCUCCAGUCCUGCUGCAUCCCAGCCCAUGCAGCCACCAGUACAGUCAGUUCUGUCACUUGCUGAUCUAACCUGUUUGGUGGAGUUCCCCUGCCUUGUUAUGCAGCUGCCCUGUACGAGUGCAAAGGUGGCUAGACUUCACUGCUAAGUGAAGUAAGCUGUACAUAUGUAGAAAGUUUGUAGGGUGCAUUGGGAUUCUUCAGCAUCACAGUGGUGCCACGUAUUUUUUUUUUUUUACUAUUAAUCCUUUUGCUCCUCUUGGGCCUGCGUAUUUUCCCAAGUUUUGCUGCCUGAGGUCAAAAUCUUUGCUCCCUGGACAAAGGCUGUUAGGUUGUCCUCCCUUGUGAAGGAAGACUGGAAGGUACCUCCUCAGUUUUGGGAAGGAAUAUGACAAAGCAACACAUGCGAAGGCACGUGCAGAGAGAGAAUCUGGAGGCUACCAUUUAUCCACUCUCUUGACGCGGAAACAGGAGAACAGUUAACACAAAUGAAAGUCAACUGAGGAAAGAGAAUGUUUUUCAGCAGGAAAAGGGUCCACUGUGCCCAGUAUUCUACUAGAAUUCAAGCAAGGGCAAAAACUCAGAUGAACAGCGAAAUCACUACACUUAUACGAGAUGGGAUCUAUUACUUUUUAUUUUCUUCACAGAAAGAUAGAAGAGAGUUUUAAUGGUUCUAAGCAUAAACCAGCCCACUUGUCUAAAGGGGUAGGAAACACACUUGCCUGUAGGUAAAAAAAAUAUAUAUAUCUGUAACGGUUCAGUAUGAGGUAUCUUCCAUCUUCAGAGCGUCUGAUCCUUCCAGAUACCAACAGACUAGAUGAAUCACCCCCACACUUGUUUACUUCUAAUUACUUGACAAGUCCUUUUACAUACAAAGUAUUUUAAUAACCAUCCCUGUUCCUGACCUCUGACAUGCGUACCUUCAUUAGAUCUCUGGACUAAUUCAGACGAGUAUUUAUUCAUCACAGGUAUAUGGUCCACACUAUGGCUGUUGGGCGGUCCAGUCUUUAAUCAUCAGAUGUUGAGUAUGUCAUUCUUUUUCACUGGAGUGCUUCAGUAAAAUGCACUAUAUGCAGUGAACUCAAUGGACACCCUGUAGUUCUUUUACAGCUGCCACAGGAAAGGCCGUUUCUUCCUCUGGGUCAUGACAGCACAAUGAAACAAACCAGCAUUUUCCUCCAGUAUCCAGUCACCUGCUUGUUGAUUUUUUUUUUCAAGCUGGUUUUCAAGUACCCUGCCAGACUGCUAGCAAAUCUGUAGCCACCAAGUAUGAGCCACGGCAUCAAGACAGCCCUUCUCGGCAAACUGAGCAGGGAACUAACAGUCUGGCCUUCUGGCAUUCAGCCUCAUCUCUGCAAUGAAAUCACUGUGGGACUGUCAGCAACUCAUUCUUCCUUCUUGUACAAUUGGGAAUAAUUUUCUACCUCACAAAGAUGAUGUGAGGCUCGAUAUAUUGUGUUAGUAAUAGAACGGGAGGUCCUUGGAUGGAAGGCCCUACAGAUGAGCAAAGGAUUAUUGCUAUUUCUGGAUGUGAUAUCAUAUAAAUGUGUUUUAUUCCUUCUCAAUGAGACAAAUUUAAUCAUUUAUUCAAGAAAUUGCUGGUGAAGUUGCAUAACAGCCUCAGAGCUGUGGAUUCAGUGUAUGAUUCUACUCGAAAAAUAAGUAAGCAAAACAUAGAUAUAAAGAACAGGGAAAAUUAUUUUCUUGGGAAGGGGGAAGUCACUGAACAAUUAGAGCCAUGCCUGGAUCAUUUAAAGGUGUGUGUACCCCCUUGGCUCUCUGUGCAAAUAAAUAACUGGCUCUCUGCAAGGAGCAUUAAGAUGCAAGUGUCAAAAUCACCAAAGGAGGUAAAAGUAGAAGAGAAAGGUAGUGUCUUAGCUUACAAUAGCAUGUGGGAGUUGGUGUUCUCUAGUGUCUAGAGCAGUGGACCUAGGAUAAUAAUCUUAGAUUUAUUUCCAGCUCUGCUUCUGACUUGCUGUGAUAAUCACUUUACCUCUCAGCGCCUGUUUUCUCCACCUGUAAAAUGGGUGUAAGAAUUUCCACCUACCUCACAGGGAUGUUGUGAGGCUUCUUUAAUUCUGUUUGUAAAGUAAGUAGGAAUGAUCUGAUGAAAAGCACUGCUGAAAUGCAUGGUAUCCUUGUUCUUCCCUGGCAGAAUGGCUAACUUGGUUAAUAUGUAACUCCUCGACUGGGCGGGCAUUAGUUUGAAAAUGUGAACACUGCAUUGCACUGACAACAUCAACGCAGAUGUGGAUUUGCCAUGAGUAAAAAAGACUCCAUUGAUCCCCCACCCCUCUCUCCCACCUUAGCCUUGGCCUGGCCGUAUGAAGUAGCAGUGACAGUGUGGUUACAUGGACCCCUCUUCUCCAUCCCCAGCAUCCAUUCUGGGGCAGCAUUUAUGCUUAAAUAAGACAGUUUCUGGAGGGGGGUGCAGGCUGGGGAGCUCUAACAAUUUUAAGGGCUUUGCAAGGCAUGUAGGAGAGGGUUGUAUAAUGCACAAUAUUGCUGGGCUUCUGUUUUAAACCACUCAGUGCAAACUCCAAGUAAAUUUUCCAGAGUCUCCAUGAAAGAGUUUACAAUUGCUUAUAGCACGCAGAAAAAAAGCCCCUCUUCGUGAAUGCAAACCCACAAAUUAUCAUGUUAUACUGAUUCUUUCCUGUAAGUGUGAUAGAUACCAACGAUCCCUGAGUGCUGAAACACAAUGAAGUACAGAUUCCUCCUCCUGUAGGAAUGGAGACAUUUGGGGAGAUCUCUGCUCUCUAGGUCUGUGUAAGCAUGAAAUCUACUUACUGAGGGAGUAAAGCCCAGUCUCUCCUGCCACUCAGUAACUCACUGACUGAGCAGUUUUACAUUUAAAGAGUGGCCAUGUCACACAAUGCUGAAAAAAAGUGGCAGUUUGCUGUUUUGUAUAGAAAAUGGCUUUUCAGGCUGACAACUGAAAGUAAUCCUAGCCUAGGCAUAGUUUUGUUUAGUAAAGACAGGAACAGCUAUGAGAGCUAGACUAAAGCCUUCCUAUAAGCCUGAGGCAGUUGUGAUAAAAUGGUAUGCGGUGCCAGAUUUCCCCAAGGGCCAGGGUUGGAUAAACAUACCAAAAUCAGGGGACUUGUCUAAGUAUUGGAAUAAUUUUUUUUCCCCAACAGAAUGAUGCUACCAUUUCUUAGGCUCUGUGUGUGCUACGCCUUUUAACAUGGCUCGGGAAAGGGUUUUUGCCAACACCAAAUGUGCUUAUACAGUUGAGUAGUAACCAUGGCAAAUAAAUGUGUAUUGACUUGCCAAGAUGUAGCCUGGCACACAGUCCUUUCCUUGCAACUAGCUUGGCAUGCACCUAUUUCAGUAGAACCGGCAAGACUUGUGUCUCUGUCAACAAUUCAAGUUUUUCUCUCAGCAGCUUGACGUACAAAGAGACAUUGAAGAUUUGUUCAACCUAGAGAGGAGGUGGCUAAGGGGGUGGGGAAGUCUAACUGCUGUCUUCAGGUACUUAAUGGGGAGUUACAGGGAAGAUGGAGCCAGACUCUUGACAGAGGUGCACAGCAAAGGAUCAGAAGCAAUGAUCACAAAGAACAGCAAGGAAAAUUUUCACUAAAAAAUUCUGACUAGGAAAAAAAUUGUUCAACUGGAGAGUGGUUCAGCACUAAAACAGGUGCCCAGAGACGUGGUAGGAUCUCCAUCCUUGGAGGAUGAAGCCUGACUGGGAAAAGCGUUGAGCACCCUGGUCUGACUUUGAUGUUGGCUCUGCAUUGAGCUGAAGGCUGGACCAGCUGGUCCCUUCCAGCCUGAACUAUCUAUCCCAUGGGAAGCUGAAAACUCAGUGCAGCCACUGCAUGUGGAACAAUGGGUGUGGGGCACUUUUUGCCUCUCUGGGGUGCUCUGGUAGAAUUUGCUUAGGCUGUCCCGGCAGACAACACCAACUAAGUGGGCAUUGCAGCAGAGGCCGAUGCACAAACACAGUCAGCUGAUGUUUGGUAGCUAGAAAAGCUGCUUGAGGCCAGAACUAUGUGUUGUGUAACUGGUUUGGAAAGAACAUUACAAAUAAAAUAAAAUUAAAAAGAAAAGAGUAUGCUUGUCAACAGAGAAAAUCAUGGAAAUAUAAGGGGCUUAGGUCUUUCCAGCUCCCUUUAAUUUCAGUGUCAAGUGUGCCUUUAAAUCCAUCUGAAAGUGCAGAGGAUGGCAUUUUAAUGUUCUGUCAACAAAAACCUGGGUAUUUUAAAGCUUGCUGAUCUGGGAUGAAGCAGAACUGAAUAGAAAUGGUGAUUACAGAGCUACUGACAGAACAUUUUUAAAAAAACCCAGAGACUGUUGGCCUUCGCCUUGCUAGAUCCAGCCUGACACAGUAAAAGCAAAACAAGCCGUUUAUUGGUUUCCAAGGAGGAAAGUCUGUAUUGCUUGGAAAAGUCAUGGAGUAGCCUACUGAAAAAUUUUUAAGUCAACACAGCAACAAAUUUGUGGUGAAACAUUAAACAGAAAAGUUGGCUCCUAUGGUGUUUCCCUGAAGCUCAGGGGAGAGCUGGAUUGAAGGAUGAUUAGGAUAAGGAAACGCAGUUACAAAUGAGCAUACCAAAAAAUGCUGGAUUAGAAGCAGGCUGCAGGCAAAGGCCGAAGUGAGGAAGCCUGCAAGCUCAUGGGCCGAGUACCUCAUUGUAAGGAUAAGGCAAGCCAACGUGAGACAUGAAUUAAACCCAGUCUGUUACCAAAUCUGGUAUUCCUGGAUUUUAAGAAGGUCAGCAACUUUAAAGUAAUUUAAUUGAACUUUUAUGCACUGGUUUCUCUAUUUACUGGGUAGAAUUGAGAACCAGAAAUAGCAUGGGCAAAGCUUUUUUUUCCAAAUCCUUCUACCUAAGUAUAUGAAGAAUUACUGGGACAAAAAUGGUCAGGUAAGUUUCUCAAUACAUAUAUGCUAGUUCAAAGAAAAGUCAUAGACAACCCCAUAAAGGAAUUCAUCUAUUGCCAGUGAACACCAUCAUCUGAACUCACCAAAAAUAAAUUUGAAAGAAAUUCAGAAAUCAGAAUGAUGUCGGAUUACUCCCAGCUUCAGAGCUCCUGUUCAUGAAAACCUUUGGAGAGAAAAGAAAAUGGAUGGCCAGCUGCCAGCUAAGCCUAUUUGUCAUGAAUGUGCCCUGUAGCACUUUCUGGAACCCUGUGCUAUUUCUAAAUAUACUCUUGGCCAACAAACUGCCUUAAUUCAAUAUGCUCCACCUUUCCACUUUACUUGAAAGGCUUGACUUCAGCUCCCUCUACAAACUGAACAUAAAAUAGUCACAUUCACACUUUAAUAUGGGGAAGAAUAAAAUAUGGAACUGAGCGGAAACCUGCCAACGUACUGACCAGCCCUUCCUCCUCGUGCGCUGCCUCUCCUCUCUGGCCACCUCCAUCUAUAUUCUGUUUAAUGAAACUACCAGCCUCUCACAACUGAGAAGUUGUCUUUGUACCUGUGGAGUACCAUGGACCCUUCUCCCCACACAUGCACAUCAGCAGCUAUCUAAGGAGGAACAACACGGAAUAAAUUUCCUAUUUUCUUUUUACACUUUUUGUCUUCCCUGAAGGAGAAGUCCUGGGACUAGGGGGUGGAUCUGAGUUUUUCCAGUAGGAAUUAUCUUCUUCCCUGUGUGUUUCUCCCCAGGCUCAGGAAUCAGUAAUUUACAGCUAAGCAGAGGCAUGUUUCAAGCCUAUUUAUAAACACAUGCAAAGAAGAAAUUUUAAAGAGCUAUGACCAAACUCUGCCUUGUUUUUUAACCUUGUGUUGAAGUGAGUGGAGUUGCCAAGGUGUAAACAAGAGCAGAAUUUGGCUUUGUAUAAUUUACUUUUUAAAGGAUUUCCUGUUAACUUCUGUCUUUAAAAAGCAACCAACAACUAAUCUUGCCCCACAACCUACCAAUACAGAACAAAACAACCACAAAUCCCUCCAAACUCAGGAAUCUCACCGCUUUAGGAAAGAUCAGUUUCUAAGUAGCAGAUACAGAAAGGAAGAACAGGGAAGUCCUGAUCUCAGCUCUGCAUUAAUUGGCAGCAAGACCAGAAGCUGUAAAAAGAGAGGCCUCAGGUCAGAUAUGAUAAUCUGCUCCCUCAGUUCAUUUCCCCGUGAAAGCUGAAUGUCUCUUUCUCUUUGCAAUGCUGUAGACAAAGAGACAAAUUUCAAACCAAGAUGACUGACAGCAAGACAGAAAGCCAAACAAUCAAAGAGACUGUGGGACUAAUCCGGUGACUCGGCACAA